AUGAACGCCAAGCUUUUCAUCGUUCUUGCCUUCGUGGCAGUGGCCUAUGCCGAAACCAAGACCGAAGAGCAGCCAGCCGAAACGAAGAAGGACAAACGAGGACUGUACGGACUGGGAUACGGAUAUGAUUCUGGUAUAGGACUGAACGGAUACAAUUCCCUGCCCUACCACGGUGUCUCGACAGUGAUCACCAAGGAAGUAGCUGUCCCGGUACCGCAUCCGGUCGCAGUUCCCGUCGAGAAACACAUCCCAGUCCCGGUUAAGGUACCAUACGCAGUCCCGGUCGACCGUCCUUACGCCGUCCACGUUCCCAAGCCCUACCCAGUGGAAGUGACCAGGCACGUUGCAGUCCCCGUCGACAGGCCAGUCCCCUACCCAGUCCAGGUGCCAGUGAAGGUUCCGGUGCCAGCCCCGUACGCCGUCAAGGUACCCCACCCCGUUCCCGUUCCGUACGUGAAGCACGUUCCGUACCCAGUCGCGCAGCCUGUCUUGGUUGAGAAACAAUACAACGGCUGGGCGUCCGGCUACAACGCAUGGUAA